GCGGACCUUUUGGGAAUGAAAGAAAAAUGGAUCCAACGAAAAGGAGUUUUAGAAGAAAUGAUUUCCUGGAUAUUUAUGCUCUUUUUCUUCACUGCGUCUGCAUUUGGAAAUGAAAUAGAACUUCUAAAUCAAUGGAGCCUCUUGGAUUUCAAUUUUCCUUAUGGUUCAGGAUUCCAAGCAAAAUUUAAACCGGAGCGAACGUUUUUCACAGGAGUAGAAAUAACUGACGACAGGAUAUUUCUGGCAAUGCCAAGAGUUUUUGCUGGUGUUCCAGCUUCUUUAGCAUUUAUACCAAGAAAUACACCACCGGGCUCUAGUCCUCCAUUGGAAGCAUACCCGUCAUGGAACUGGCACUUAGCUGGUUUGGAAGGAAAUAAUACAGACUGUUCGCAAAUUGUUUCAAUUUACAGGAUACGAAAGGAUUCGUGCAACAGACUAUGGGUAUUGGAUUCUGGGGUUUUAACAUCUUUAGAAGACUACCGACCAACAUGUACACCAAAGAUUUUAAUUUUCGAUUUAAAAACUGACGCUCUAAUCAGGCGGAUCCUUUUCCCGCGGGAAGUUCUUAGACCAAAUUCCUUACUUACAAACUUGGUUAUAGAUGAAUCCGUUCAAGGAGCAUGCGAUUCUGCAUUUGUCUACAUAUCCGAUACUGUAGCCCCAGGUAUCGUUGUAUAUGACUCAUUAAAAGACACCGCCUGGAGAGUAACUCAUCCCAGUAUGUUUCCUGAUCCGGACUUUUCUGACGCAACAAUAGACGGAGAAACGUUUACAUUAAUGGACGGAAUUAUUGGUCUGGCGCAUUCGCCUAAUUUAGGUCAACUUUAUUUUCAACCCUAUGCCACUGACAGAAUAUUCAGUAUUUCUACUUCAGAACUUCGGAAGGGCCCACCUGGAGAAUUAGACGUUCUACCAGUUACAUUGUUAGGUCGAAAAUCGUCUCAGGGAGUAGGAUUAACGAUUGAUCCAACUGACGAAACUAUUUAUUUCGCCCCUACAGCAGAAACGUCGUUGGCUUCUUGGAAUCCGCUCACGAACCAUCAAAGGGAAUAUCGUCAACAUCGAAAAGAGAUGUCAGGAUUCAACUGGUUGUGUAUUGUGAUGAGCAUAUCUGCAUCUACGUGGAAACUUUCAGAAAGUGUUCCAAGUCGGUCUGAAGAAGGAAUAAGCGAAAUUUUUAAUUGGACCCAGUUAGAAUUCGACUAUCCUUCCGAAGAUGCAAGGCAACGGGAUAUCGACAAUGGAAUUUUCGUACCGGGACGUGCCGCGCUUAUUGACGUAGAUGUCUAUUAUGGAGCUCGAGAGGAACUAAACAAGGUAUUUGUGACCGUACCUCGUACCCGGGAUGGAAUUCCCAUAACUCUCGGUACGGUUACUGCAAACAACAGCGCGGAUGGAAAUCCUAUUAUUAAACCUUAUCCUUCUUGGGGAUGGCACAGAAAUGCUAGUAGUUGCCAACGUGACAGACUCAUAUGGGUCGUUAGAAUUAAGAUUGACGAAUGCGGCAGGCUAUGGGUACUUGAUUCAGGAGGUAGAAACAACGGCCAGAUUUGCCCUCCACAAAUAUUGGCAUUUGAUUUGAAAACAGAUACAUUGCUAUAUAGAUACGAAAUACCUUCUAGUCAAUACGAGUACAGAUCACUUUUCGUAACUCCGAUUGUAGAUGUGCGAGAUGAAGAAUGCAACGACACCAUGGUGUAUGUCGCAGAUGCUCUAGCAUUUUCCAUCAUUGUCUACAACCCAACGUUGGGAGUCUCAUGGAGAGCAACUGACGAAACAAUGUACGCUGAUCCUAACUUUGGAACUUAUGAUAUUCAUGGAAUUAGCUUCGACUUAUUGGAUGGAAUAUUGGGCAUGGAUCUUUCACCUUACAAACCCGGAAGUGACAGAAUACUUUUCUAUCACGCCAUGUCCAGUAUCACUGAGAACUUUGUUUACACGUCAGAUCUCAGAAAUCGUACCAGGUUUGAGAGUAAUCCCCAAUCAUCCCCAGAAAUAUUCCAUGUAAGUUUUUCGAUAUACAAUGUUCAACUACGUUGGGUUCAUGGUUCUUUAUUUCGAAUUUGGAAUCAUGUGUAUUCAUAUCCAUGAAUUUAGCGUCAUGGG